AUGUCGGACAACAACCAAUCCCAGCAGCUGAUGAGAAAUUUGUUGGCGCCAACGGCGCGUCAGAGGGCCCGCCGAGGUCGUGGUCGUGGCCGUGGACAAGGCAUUACUCAAUUUCGUCGUUGGAGGGUCAGAAUCUCAGGUUAUGAUGGUCUUGGAAGAGACGGCGCCCUUUCUCUCGGCGAGGCGCAAGGCUUCUUUUCGGCUGGCCUCAGGCACAUACAGCGGCAGCAGCAGCAGCAACGCGAAGAAAAUGCUUUGGAGCUUGCCCAAGCUCAAAAUAAAGCUCAAGCCCAAGCGCUUGCCCAAAAUCAUGCGGAGGCAUUAGCACAAGCCCUGGUGGUAGUGCAAGUACAAGCCCAAGCUCUGGCGCAAGCACGAGCACGAGCACAAGCAUGGGAAGGAGAAGAAGAAGAAGAGGAAAAGGGAGAAGAAGUUGGAGAAGGACAUCAAGAGUAA